AUGACGCCACCCCUCCUGUCGAAACCCAAAACUAACGAACCUUUGCAGCUUUAUAUUGCCGUCAGUACCAUAGCCGUCAGCGCAGUCCUGACCAGAGAAGAUGAUGAAGCUGGGCAGCUUCUGGUUUACUACGUAAGUAAAACCUUGCUCCCAUCCGAGGUAAGAUACACUUCCUUAGAGAAAUUAUCCCUUGCCUUAUUUAAUGCUGUUAAGAAACUAAGGCACUAUUUUGAAACCCACCACGUAGUGGUGAUGACUAACUACCCGCUUAAGUCUGUCUUGAGAAAACCAGAUCUGACAGGGCGUUUAGGUAAAUGGAGCAUCUCGUUGAGCACGAUGGACAUCGAAUACCAACCUAGGAAGGCAAUUAAGUCCCAAGCUCUCGCAGAUUUUGUGGCUGACUUCAGCCCCGAUCUACAGGUUAUAGCCGAUAAAGAGCUGGAAGAAAUAAAUAGCGUCCAAGGCAAAGGAAAAUGGAUCUUAUUCGUCGAUGGAUCAUCCAAUCAACGAGGAGAAGGACUGGGAAUGGUGCUAAAGUCGCCACAAGGGGACAUGAUAGUAAGGUCUGUAUCUUGUGAUUUUAAAGCAACUAACAAUGAAGCAGAAUACGAAGCUUUGAUUGCAGGAAUGACCGUCGCCAAGGACUUAGGAGCAACAUCCCUGGAUGUGUACAUCGACUCUCUCCUCAUCAUCAUCCAAGUAACAGGCGACUUCGCAGCAAAAGACUCCAAAAUGUCAUCAUACCUUGACAUAGCCAAAGAAAAGUCCAAACACUUCAAUCCUUUUAUUAUCUCUCAAAUUCCAAGAGACCAAAACAUCCAAGCUGACGCCCUAGAAAACCUAGCCUCCGCCCUCAGAAAAAACGCCUUCACAAACAUCCCUUUAGUCCAUUUACAAAAGCCGUCCGUAUCUUUUAAAGAAAUCCUACCCGUCGACGACGUCAACAACGACGACGACUGGACCAGACCGAUCAUAGACUACUUAACCAAAGACAUCCUACCCAAUGACAAAGCAGAUUCGCGAAAGCUAAAAUAUAAGGCCUCCCGGUACCAUAUCAUCGACGGAGUCCUAUUCCGCAAAUCGGCGUCGGGACUAUCCCAAAGAUGCAUCCGAAAGAGCGAUCAACAGUCCAUCCUCAGCCAUUUGCAUGAUGGGAUAUGUAGCAGUCAUGUCGGAGGAAGAAGACUUGCCAACAUCGCGAAGCGACAAGGGUACUUUUGGCCUAAACUUCAUGAGGACGCAAUGCAGUACGUGACUAAAUGCGAUAGUUGUCAGCAGCCAACGCCGUUCAUAAACCAUCAGAGCCCCUCCACCAAACAUUAUCUCCGUGGCCCUUCAUGA